GAGAGGACGGGAAGGGGAGGGGGAGGCGGCAAGGUCCUCCAUGGGUAAAUUCCCCCUCCCCCCUCCCUUCCUGCUUUCUUCUCUCUCCUUUGCAAAAGCCCCUCCUGGACUCGGGGUCCAGUGUGCUUUGAAGACGUAGCUGUUCCUUUCACAGAGGAGGACUGGGCUUUGCUGGAUCCUGACCAGAGAGCUCUGCAGAAGGAAGUCAAGGAGGAGAAUCCUGGGAUCGUGGCUUCUCAGGACCCUGCAGCUUCUUUUGGCUCCUCGACUCUUCAGGAAGGAUGAGUGAGACGGAUCCUGUCAAGCUAGAGGAGAUGGAAGAGGGAAGAUGGACGGAUGACCUAGUCAGGUUGUCUCCUGCAUCCCUCCCCACAACCUCUGAGCACUCCCUCCCAGGGACCUCCGAGAGAUCUGACAAGGCGUGGACGUUGCUGGAUCGUGACCAGAGAGCUCAGCAUAAAGAGGUCAAGGAGGAGAAUCGUGGGAUCGUGGACUCUCUCAAUGGUGAUAAAUUAGAAGGGAAGAACAAGGGGGAGCACAACAGAAUCCACAUAGUGGAGAAGUCAUAUAAAUAUUCAGAGUGUGGAGAGAAGAUCCGUCAGAGUUCCCAGUCCACCUCCCAUCAAAGAAAAAGCUUCAUUCGAAGGAAUAGCCUCACUUCACACGAAAGAACACAGAGUAGGGAGAAAUCGUAUCAGUGCUUGGAGUGUGGAAAGAACUUCAAUCGGAAGGAUAGUCUCACUUUGCAUCAAAGAGUUCAUACAGGGGAGAAACCCUAUCAGUGCUUGGAGUGUGGAAAGAGCUUCAGGAGGAGCUGCCAUCUCACUUCCCAUCAAAGAAUUCAUACAGGGGAGAAACCCUAUCAGUGCUUGGAAUGUGGGAAGAGCUUCAGUUACAGCGCCCAUCUCACUUCCCAUCAAAGAAUUCAUACAGGGGAGAAACCCUAUCAGUGCUUGGAAUGUGGGAAGAGCUUUCGUCUGAGUGGUGAGCUCACUUCCCAUCAAAGAAUUCAUACAGGGGAGAAACCCUUUCAGUGCUUGGAAUGUGGGAAGAGCUUCAGUUACAGCACCAAUCUCACUUCCCAUCAAAGAAUUCAUACAGGGGAGAAACCCUUUCAGUGCUUGGAAUGUGGGAAGAGCUUCAGUUACAGCGCCCAUCUCACUUGCCAUCAAAGAAUUCAUACAGGGGAGAAACCCUAUCAGUGCUUGGAAUGUGGGAAGAGCUUUCGUCUGAGUGGUGAACUCACUUCCCAUCACAGAAUUCAUACAGGGGAGAAACCCUAUAAGUGCUUGGAAUGUGGAAAGAGCUUUCGUCUGAGUGGUCAACUCACUUCCCAUCAAAGAAUUCAUACAGGGGUAAAACCCUAUAAGUGCUUGGAAUGUGGAAAGAGCUUUCGUCUGAGUGGUCAACUCACUUCCCAUCAAAGAAUUCAUACAGGGGAAAAACCCUAUCAGUGCUUGGAGUGUGAAAAGAGCUUCAAUCGGAAGGAUAGUCUCACUUCCCAUCAAAGAAUUCAUACAGGGGAGAAACCCUUUCAGUGCUUCGAGUGUGGAAAGAGCUUUCGUCUGAGUGGUGAACUCACUUCCCAUCACAGAAUUCAUACAGGGGAGAAACUCUUUCAGUGCUUGGAAUGUGGGAAGAGCUUCAGUCAGAGGGUCCAUCUCACUUCUCAUCAAAUAAUUCAUACAGGGGAGAAACCCUAUCAGUGCUUGGAAUGUGGGAAGAGCUUUCGUCUGAGUGGUUAUCUCACUUCCCAUCAAAGAAUUCAUACAGGGGAGAAACCCUUUCAGUGCUUGGAAUGUGGGAAGAGCUUCAGUUACAGCACCAAUCUCACUUCCCAUCAAAGAAUUCAUACAGGGGAGAAACCCUAUCAGUGCUUGGAAUGUGGAAAGAGCUUCAAUCGGAAGGAUGGUCUCACUUCCCAUCAAAGAAUUCAUACGGGGAGAAACCCUGUCAGUGCUUCGAAUGUGGGAAGAGCUUUCGUCUGAGUGGUUAUCUCACUUCCCAUCAAAGAAUUCAUACAGGGG